AUGCUAAACUUUUGGCUGACUCCGUCCUCAACCACGAAGAGGCUGUAUGAAAACGUGAAGAUUUUCUUACCAGCAGCAUUGGAAGCAUCGAUGACUGAAGAGGCAGUGGCGACAGGGAAGCUCACAAUCUCCGAUGCAAGGAAAGUCUUCAUCAGAGUACUCGCUGCGUUGGAUGCACAGGUAUUCGAAGAAGUAGCCAAAGGGAAGCUGAAAUCAAAGCGGCCCAAAAUGGAGCCUCAUCAUCAGAAGGCAAUGUUGCUUGAUGCCAGUCUAUCGAAGCACCAGUUCGAGCUAGUUCGAAUGUACACCAUUGUGGCAAUCGGAUACAAUCCCUUCCAACCAGUUGCGAUGAUCAAAGCUCUUGAUGUUGAAGUCUUCCAGCCUACUCAUCUGACAUUCAAAGAGGGCAAACGAAAAAAGAUGAGCCAUUAUAGGCCAGUUGAUAAAGUGUUCAAGUGGUCAUUGGACAGGUCAAUGAAGAGACUUACCGAGGCAGGAGAUCUCCAAAGGAUUGAAGUGUGCCACAUUGUCUUUGGUGCCGACCAUGGCCAAGGGGCAUUCCGUGCCGUGGCGACGAUUCUCCUCUUGUCCAAAGGUAACGUCCACAAGUACAAUCUUGCGCUGGAAAAAGACUUUCUUUGUGGGUUCAUAGAAUGCAAGAAGGAUACAUAUGAAGUAAUCACGCAGUCCCUUGCAAAGCCACUCAAUGAGUCGAUCAAGCGAGCUGGACCGGACAUUGUCUUCUGCCAAGACGAAGACCACAAUCGCUUCGUCGAAUUUGGAAGAAGGGAUGAGAUCAGCCAACGAGAAGGCAUCAUUGUCUUGCAUGCAGUCGAUGUCGAGAGCUUCUUGGUUGGAGAUCUCAAGUUUGGCGGGUGUUCCCAAGGCAGAGACGGCUACAGCACCUACUGGUGUCUGAGGUGUAUGCUUGGAAAGGCUGAAUGGACUAACAGCCCCAACUGCCUCGAGUGCGGUCAACCUUGGACUUGGCAAGCCAUGGCCGACCAAAGAAAGAAAGCUCAACAGAUCGUAAAAGACAAGAAGAGGCAGCCAAGAUCAACAGAGGUUCGAGGUUGUGUGCAGCCACCAAUCUUUGAUGCCAUUCCCGUGAGGAACUACCUCACUCCAGUGUUGCACAACGUGGAUCUCUUCACCAAUACAAUCAAGCAAAUGAUUGAUGGCUAUGUCGACCACAGACUUGAGAACCGACCGAUGGAGUUCCUGCAAGCGAGGUGGGAAGAGGCAGAUACAAUAAUCGAUGAGAGGCAAGCUGAAGCCGAUCUGGAGUGUGCCAAAGACAUUAUGGACGCAUCCAAAGAGUUCGAAAAUGCCGCUUUGCUUACCGAAGCCAAGGAAACAUUCAAAGCGGCCGAAGAGCAGCUAAAGAAAGCCAAAGCUGCAAGGAGGGAAGCAGCUGCCAAAAUGAGGAGGCUCGAAAAAGAUUCAGAAUACGGUGCCCUCAGCCAGGAGAUUCGACAAAGCCUCGAUGAAGAAAUGGCCAAUCUUUUCAACAUCCACCGGUCGAGCUGGCAUGGUGGAGCCAUGGUAGUCAAUUACUGCAGGAAGAUGUUGCAUGGUGCAGAUCAGACAGUGAGAUGGCUUCGAUUCAAGAUGUCUUGGUGCCACGGUUAG